AUGACGGGAGCCGGGCUGAACGUGGUGGACCUUUCAACUCUAAACACUUUCCAGCAAGCAAUCCUAUUUGCGCUGCUCAUUCUGGGCUCGGCCAUUCUUGUCUCUAGCACUGUUCUCAUGGUGCGCAAGCGAGCAUUUGAAGCCAAACUCAAUGGCGUCUCGCAGUCUUCUCGACGUGCAUCGUCGUAUGAAUUGCAGAUCGAGACUUCGAAACACCCUCUCGAGGGUCAGGAUGAGAUCCCUCCCAGAGGCCAUGCCAAGGCCCAGAGCAGCAAAGCUGUCCCCCAAACCACAGUGACCGUCAAUGAAGACACCACAGAACCAGUCCUUCAUGACGAUGAUAUCCUGUGGAUCGACGAUGACCAGGUCACCGUCAGCGACUCACGCUCCCGGCAUCACCAUCACCACCAUCACCACCGAGUCUUCCCAAUGGCCGGCGUUGGAGCACGACCAGAUCUAAGCAACCACCCACGCGACGCCACGCCUACUCAGCCCGUCUACAACAAAGACAAAGACAACAAAGAUUCCGGAUCCGGACUCAAGGGCAUUAUCCGCGGCACACAGAAAUACUUCACCCCAAAGGGAACGGUCUCGCGCAACUCGCAGUUCCACGGCCUAACCUCAACCGAGCGCGAGGAACUAGGCGGAGUCGAGUACAAGGCCGUGUCAUUCCUGUCGGCGAUCGUGCCACUGUACUUCGUGCUAUUUCUUGUUCUGGGUAUUGUCGGCGUCGGCGGCUGGCUGCAGGCUAAUCACCCGGACGUCACGCGCGGCAAUGGCCUGUCGCCGUUCUGGACUGGGGCCUUUUUUGCGGUUUCUGCGUUUGUGAAUAGUGGCAUGUCUCUUCUCGAUGCUAAUAUGACUGCCCUGCAGCUGAAGUGCGUAGCCCACCCUCUCCCCCUCCCACAUUCCCAUCUCUUUACUUACCGUGUGCAAUUAAACAUGCUGACUCCUCUGUAUAGCGCGUACCCGCUUGUGACGAUGGGUAUGCUCAUUCUUGCUGGGAACACGCUCUUCCCGUGUUUUCUGCGGUUCAUCAUCUGGAGCAUGCGGAUAAUGCUGCCGGACAAGCCGGCGUGGCAGUCGUGGCGGGUGACUCUUGAUUUUAUUCUGGAGCAUCCUCGACGUGUGUACACGAACCUAUUUCCUGCCCGCCAUACAUGGUAUCUCCUCGGGACGAUCAUCAUUCUGAACGGGAUUGACUGGGCUGCCUUUGAGCUGUUGUCAAUUGGGAACAAGGAAAUUGAGGUCUUGCCUACGGAGUACCGUGUGUUGGACGGGCUGUUUCAAGCGUUAGUGCUGGUCACAAUCCGCAACACAAACGUCUACGAAGAACGCUCCCUGGGCAUCUACGCGCACGACGAAACUGAGGAACGCCCCUCAAACACAAGCCGCAGCAACGUACUCAUGGACGUAAUCCGGCCCCACCUCGGCCGACCCCGACUCUCCGAGUCCUCACGCGGCUACUUCGUGCACCAGCAGCUACGCUCACAGCUCAGUCACGACAUCUGGUGGAUAGCGCUAGCAGUGCUGUUCAUAGCGAUCGCCGAAUCGGACCGGUUCGCGUCGCAGCCCGUGGCGUUUGCGACAUUCAAUGUGAUUUUUGAGGUUGUGUCGGCGUAUGGCUGUGUGGGCGUCAGUGUUGGGUUCCCCGGGAAGAACUACUCGUUCUGUGGGGCGUGGCAUCCCAUUAGUAAAUUGAUCUUGGCUGCUGUUGCGCUACGGGGCCGCCAUCGGGGUCUGCCUGUUGCUAUUGAUCGGGCGGUUAUGUUGCCCACUGAGGCGUUGGCUUGGGCUGAGGAGGAAGAUGCGGCGGUGCGGAGGGAGAGGUCUAGGGCUUGGGGGGAUCGGAUGCCGCUUGGGUCGGUGUAG